GCCAUACCAUCUGAACAGAGAUUUUCAAUUAGAGGUUGUGUCCUGUUUACAACAGCUUAUCAUAGCAGAAAUGUUCCACGCUGAUCCCUCUAGUUCAUUGAACAUGUUUAUAUCACUGAAUGACCCAUGACUAAACUACUUUUUCAGAAAGAAGGUGAGGUGACUCAGGAAUAUGAAGGGAAGUACCAGCCACAUGGUGUCUCAGCAGUUCCUCCUUUAUAUUACCUCAGUACCUCCCUUCUAUCAACUGUGGUCACCCCUACACUUCAAAACAUAUGGACUGACCCAUUCUCACAACAAUAUUCAUGGCUUAAUCAUGGAUUAAAGCAAAAUUAGUCAGAAAAUGAUCUCAGAUGUGCUCAGAACACACCAAAAACAUACUGGUCAUUUUCUGCUAGUAAGCCUACCAUUUCUCCUACCAAGAACUGUUCAAGCGGUGCCAGGAUGUGUCAACAUGUUUGGGUUAUUUGUGCCAAGUCCUUCCUGAAACACUUGUCUGAUAAAAGUAAAUAGGCUAGUGCCAGGUUAAAAGUGCAUGCUGCAUAUUUGUCCAUCUCCCUUGUCUCUGAGCCGGGACUUAAGUGCUGCAGAAUAGGUGGGUCUUAUUGACAUACCUGUGUAAAUAUAUGGCAGUUCAUGUUGCUCAUGUCAUGGGGUUCCCUAAUUGUGAAACUACACCCUUCAAGAUGGCCAGAGUCACACACCAGGAAUUCUUGUUUUUUGCACGGAAAGACACGUCACUCAAGGGUCCUGUCUGUGCUUGCAUUUCUGUGCACAACCAUGUUCCCAUCGAGAAACAAACAAACAAAUAAGCAAACAAACAAACAGAGACAAAACUAGUCCAAAACAGUGACAGUAUCAACGUAUUGUCCUCUUCUUCAAAAGCUAUGUGUUGCCGUAGUAUUGAAAUCAUAGGCUUAUUGCACCUUGUGCAUGCUUGCUGUGUGUUGCUUCUAUCUGUUACAGACAUGAUUCAAAUUGCUGUCCUAAUCUAGCCCCUGACAGCAACUGACCUUAGAAUAGAAUCUGUCCUGAUAUGCCAGGUCUGGGAUGGGUGCCGCCCAGUCUAUUGCAUUCUGGGAUGGUUACUCAAAGACGCAUGGAGCCACAUCAUUAUCAUGGGUUGCCAGUUCUGUCUGGAAAAUAAUAGUUCCUUUAAAUAGACACAUAGAGCCUUUAGGUACAUUCACAUGCCUCUCACGAGGCAGGCCCAUUUCCUAAAACAAGUUCAAAAAUGAUAGCGGCUAUCAUCGGAGAGCAUUUUUCAUAUUCAUUCAUUGAUAUUCUUACUUUUUCAUAAUGAAUUGAAAUGUUCUUACUUUUUCUAAUAGAAUUGUUGCCGACCCAUCACACCCCUUUCCUAUCCAAUAUAUGUCUCUUUGUUAUCUAAUGGAUCAGAGUAGAAACUUGUUGUUAUCAUCAUUAAUGAAUGAGUGUUUGAACAUAAUGUGUUAACAUUUUAACUUCCUCUCAUGUUUAUGUUAUGCAGCACAACUUCCCUUUAGAGCAAUAAAGUGUAAAGAAUUCUCAUAUAAAACCACUUUUAUUCAGUUCAUCUUACAGCCCAAUUUGGACAGUAGCUUGGUCUGGCUGUGUAUUACUUUAGCAAUUACAACUCUAAAGCAGUGCUCUUCCUCAUUGAAUCUGGGCCAUCUGAGUUUUGUUCCAGGUAUCAGCAUCAGCAUAAGGCUGCUUGUAAAGAUUUCCGAUUCCCGCCUAACAUUCACCUCAUACCCUCCCCCAAAACAGCUUUCAAGGAAGUAACUUCAGAUGUUCAACUUCCUGCCAGUGUGUCAUUGCUGUUCCUUCUAAAAUUAUGACAGCUUUGCACCAUGUGGUGAUAUCAUUGCAGACUCAGGGGUCCUUCAGGCAUUCCUGUAAGGACCACAGAAAGCCCAGUGUGAAACUAAGCACUUUUGGACUGCUAGGCUCACAGUGGUUAGGUACUUUCUCAUGAUUCACCGGCGCCUUGUACUGAUUGGUGGAGGAGUCCAGAUAUAAGGCGGAGAGCGGCUCAGCCUGCCACACACUGCAGACUCUCAGCAUGGAGCUCACCUGCACCCUCCUCCUGGCUAUGCUGGCCCUGGGCUCUGGAAUGCCCCUCUCCUCAGAGGAGACUGACAACCGCUUGUUAGCUGAGAAGUACCUCCGUAAGUUUUACCACCUGCCAAAUGGACUCCAGGGAUCGCGUAAGCCCUCCGGCAGCUUUCAGAGUAAAGUGCGGGAGAUGCAGGCUUUCUUUGGCCUGGAGGUGACAGGCAGCCUUGAUGACAAGACCCUGGAGGUCAUGCAGCAGCCCAGGUGUGGAGUUCCUGAUGUGGCUGAAUACAACGUCUUCCCCAGAAACCUCAAAUGGGAAAAAACUGAAGUGACAUACAGAAUAGUCAACUACACUCCUGACUUACCCAACUCAGAUGUGGACAAGGUGCUCCAUAAAGCACUGAAGGUGUGGAGCGGAGUGACCCCUCUGACCUUCAAGAGGAUGAAAGAGGGCAUUGCAGAUAUCAUGAUCCAGUUUGGACAUGGAGAGCAUGGAGACUUCAAUCCUUUUGAUGGGCCAAAUGGUCUGCUGGCCCAUGCCUAUCCCCCUGGUAACGGCCUUGGAGGAGACACCCACUUUGAUGAAGAUGAGAGGUGGACAGAAGACUCAGAUGAGUAUAAUCUGUUUCGGGUGGCGGUCCAUGAGUUCGGCCACGCCCUCGGCCUUGCUCACUCUGAAGACCCAGGGGCCCUGAUGUACCCCAUCUACUCCUACACUACAGGAUAUCCCCUGUCUGAAGAUGAUGUGAAUGGGAUACAGUCUCUCUAUGGGAAAAACCCUGAUUCGGACAAAAAGGUGCACCCUAAGCCAGUGGCCCCAAACAAAUGUGACCCAAUGCUGACAUUUGAUGCCGUGACAGAGCUCAGAGGAGAGACAUAUGUCUUCAAAGGGAGAUUUUAUUGGCGGCUUCAUCAAAACAUGCCUGAACCUGAGCUGACCCUGAUCAAGUCCACAUGGCCAAUGCUCCCAAACAAAGUGGACGCUGCAUUUGAAAACCCACACAAGGACAUGGUGUUCAUAUUCAGUGGCAUCCGUAUGUGGGCCCUCAAUGGCUACGACCUGGUGGAGGGCUACCCCAAAUACAUCCAUAAACUGGGCCUCCCAAAGACGAUCAGGAAGAUAGAUGCUGCUGUGUACAUUCCAGACACGGGCAAGACCCUUCUCUUCACUGAGGAAGACUACUGGAGCUUUGAUGAAGAAUCAGGCAAGAUGGAUAGUGGAUAUCCCAGAUCCAUUGAGGAUGAUUUCCCUGGAAUAGGAGAUGAAGUGGAUGCUGCUGGAUAUCGUUAUGGGCAUUUGAAUUUCUUCCGCAAAAGCCUGCAGUUUGAGUACAGCUACAACUCACGGAAAGUCAUCCGGCUCUUGAGACCUAACUCCUUUCUCAAUGCAGUGUGUUAACAAGUGAAAGAAUGAAGUAUGCAGGGCAAUACUACUCUAUUUAUGAAACUGCUGUAUGUGUACAUCUGCUGGAGCAGGUUUGAUAGCUGAUGUACUGUAAAUGUGAUUAUCACCCAGAGGAGGGUGCCACUGAUGACAUGUCUAAUGGACUGAAUGUUUUUAUUACUUAUUUAAUUAUGUAAUUCAUACAAAAUAAAUAUGUCUGUGUGCGUCAUACAUAAAAUGUACUUGUGUU